CAGUGCGCCAAAAUUUCCAUUUCCUUUCUUUGCGCCACGCGAAGCCAAAAGAGGGCAUUUGAUCGAGCACGUCUCCUUCGCGCUGCUGCUUCUAGUGGUGGCGUCGACGAUUCCUAUACCGCUACCGCAAUGGCCGUGACCCUCUCCCUCCCCUCGCCCCCUUUGCCUGCGCGCCGUCGGAGGCCUCGCCAGCGGCUCUCCCGCGCUGCCCUCGUCCAGGCACCGCCCGCCCCCGCCUCCAAGUCCGAUGCUGGCGGAGACGGCCCCGGAAGAGGCGGGCACUACGCCGUCCUCCCCUCCGUCUCUCUCUCCGUCGUCCCCCGAGACCGCGCCGAGGACAUGCAGGCGGAGGCGCGCGCCAUGGCACGAGCAGCCAAUGUCACAGUCUAUACCCCCGAGCUCCUCGCAGCCCAAUACUCCUCUAGGCCCUUAAAGGCGGCCUCGAGGACGGCGGAGAUCUUCACAGCGCUAGGCGCCUUCGCUUUCAAACUACUCGUGGAUCAAAGGCAAGGGCAGGUUGAUCAGCGGAAGCGGCAGCGGGCGGCGGAGCUGAGGAAAACCCUAACUCGACUAGGGCCGACGUUUGUGAAGAUUGGGCAGGGCUUAUCCACUCGUCCCGACAUCUGUCCGCAGGAGUACCUCGAGGAGCUCUCCGAGUUGCAGGAUGCACUCCCAACGUUUCCAAACGAGAAGGCAUUUGCCUGUAUAGAGGCUGAAUUGGGGGUGUCCCUCGAUUCCAUGUACUCGGCCAUAUCGCCAGAACCCAUUGCAGCUGCUAGUCUUGGCCAGGUCUACAAAGCUCAGCUUAAGCAAACUGGCCGGAUUGUCGCGGUUAAGGUGCAAAGGCCAGGGAUUGAAGAAGCCAUUGGAUUGGAUUUCUACCUUCUCAGAGGUCUAGGCUUUCUUGUGAACAAGUAUGUCGAUCUUAUUCCCAGUGAUGUUGUUGCUCUCAUUGAUGAAUUUGCUAAAAGGGUCUAUCAGGAACUUAAUUAUGUUCAGGAAGGUAAGAAUGCUCGGAGAUUUAAGAAGUUAUAUUCUGACAAAGAAGAAGUGCAUGUGCCGGAUAUAUAUUGGGAUUACACUAGUGCGAAGGUGCUCACCAUGGAUUGGGUGGAUGGGGUUAAGCUUAGUGCACAAGAAGCCAUUGAGAAGAGAGGUUUGAAGAUGUUAAAUUUGGUCGAUAUAGGUAUUCAGUGUAGCUUGAGGCAGUUGCUCGAAUAUGGCUAUUUUCACGCCGAUCCUCAUCCCGGUAAUCUACUGGCGACGCCGGAGGGAAAAUUGGCUUUCAUUGAUUUUGGUUUGAUGAGUGAAACACCGGAAGAAGCAAGAUCUGCUAUAAUUGGUCAUGUGGUCCACAUGGUUAACAGGGAUUAUGAUGCUAUGGCUCGUGAUUACUAUGCUUUAAAUUUUCUAACCCCGGAUGUAGAUGUAUCUCCAAUUGUGCCCGCUCUGAAGAAUUUCUUUGACGAUGCACUUAACUCGACUGUAGGCGAGCUCAAUUUUAAGACUAUUGUGGAUGGUCUUGGAAACGUUCUAUAUGAGUAUCCUUUUAAUGUUCCAGCAUACUACGCACUAAUAUUGAGGUCAUUUACUGUGCUAGAAGGUCUAGCCAUUUAUGCUGACCCGAAUUUUAAGGUGAUCGCUGCUUCGUACCCAUAUUUUGCUAAAAGGCUUCUGACCGAUCCUAAUCCUUAUCUUAGAGAUGCUUUAAUUGAAUUGUUGUUCCAAGAUGGCAGAUUCAGGUGGAAUAGGCUUGAGGACCUUCUUGUUCAAGGACUCAAAGAUCAAGAUUUUAUUACCAAGGAUGCUUUGCAACCUGCUUUGAAGCUACUUCUGGGUCCCAACGGGGAGGAACUUCGAGUACUUGUUGUGAAAGAGGCAGUUCAGGUCACCGAAGCUAUUGUCUUCAGUUCAAUGAUGGAUACGUAUGAUUCCAUGCCUGACUUUAUGAAGGUUGUGGUCAGUAAUGGCAAUACAAAUGGACCUUUUAAGCUAAGCGAUGGUGAACAAGCAAGGAUGCUAGAACUUAGAGAUACCGUGCUCCGAGUGUGGAAUCUUUUGAGAUCUUCAGAUAGUUUUGAUCCAAGCCUCUUGCAACCGCUUAUACAGGUUCUGGAAGAACCAGAAGCUCGCAAACUUGGUGGCCGCCUUUUUGGAGGAGUUACUCAACGUCUGACGGCCCGACUGCUACAACAGCUUCUCAGAUCUCCGAUCACUGCUUCCACGGCUCUUCCAUGACCAUCCCGACCUUGAAAUGAUAGAAAAUGUAGACUCAAAUGUUUGCACAGAGAAUGUGGUCCAGCUGCUAGCUUUUCGUUUGUGUACCUGUAGAAAAACAAUACCACAAGGAAUUGUAUUUGCAUAAAAAAAGGUAAUAAUUGAAUAAAUAAAUUAAUAA